GCAUGCCUCGGAGAAUACCUCACAUGGACAGACACUCCACAUUGUUUGUGUGAUGCCAACGGUCGUUCAACAUCAUAACGCCCCUCUCGUUCUGCGACGGCCUCUUCCCUCACCCUUUUACGGCGCGGAAGACGGGCACUUGCGUCUUUGGAUAUCCAAGGAUACACACUAUUGGGAAGAGCAGACGAAGACUACAACGAAAUAUUGAUCCGUGCGUGAAAACCUGCGACAGCAUAAUCAGAGCGAGGGGCACGCAGGGACAGUGUAUCAAAGCUCUGACCAUCUGGCUCGACUAUACAAAAAAUCCAAGCACCCCGCAUGAACGUGCAAUAAGAGAUCCUGCCAAAACCAGCCGUACCACGAAUCCGUGGUCAACAUGUCUCUACCCGUGGCCUCAAGGCCAUUAGCCGACCCGCCAACGGGUGCGCUGCCUCCCCUACCUACGACCGCAAACAAACCGCCGCGCAAGAGCCUAUCUCAACCACCAUCGCGGCUAAAAACACCUUCAAGGACCUCAUUAUUGCCGGUGUCGCAGCCUCUUUCGUCCACUCCGGAUCUACCAUCUUCGAGAAGUAGCGAGAGACCGUCUGGAAUCCCCUCCACCAAAACUGUGCGGAAGACCAUUAGCAUUGGAUCAUUCCCUCAGCCACCCACACCCACUGGUGGGUUUCGUCCAGGUACAUCGGCCUCUAUAGCCUCCACAACGUCGACAAGGAAACGGACGUCAGACGGGAAUGCCUCGGGCAUCCUAGCGUUUUCCAAUAAAACCAAGAAGUCCCCGAGAGCGAGUGGUGGCAGUUUUCGCGGAUCGCAGACUCCUUCUCUACUCAAUUCUGCCGGAGAUGGGAUGACAGUAUCUGCAAGAGCAGGCAAUAGGAUAUCAGACGCGCAGUCCAGUAUUCACUCUCUUCCGCAAAGCCGGAGUUCCUCGGCCAAUGGGUCCUAUUCGACCACUGCGACCACGAUCGAGGAUGGUGACGAUGACAGUCGAGGUCGUACAAAAGACUCGGACGACAUGAUGACUGAGUCAAACCGAAAUUCAAAGGGGAAGGAAUCGAAGGGCAAUGUGAUCGUCAGCGUACGUGUUCGACCAGAUUCAGGCACAACAAACAGUUCUCGAAGUGAAGGAGAAUGGAUGGUGGACGGCCGAAGAAGCUUGGUCGCUUAUCGUGGCAAGGAGGGUGGUGACUACCACUACGACAACGUCUUCAAUACGUACGACGACAACGCCAAAGUCUAUGAUGCCGCCGCUAAACGGCUGGUACGUCGGGUGAUGGAAGGCUAUCAUGGGACAGUAUUUGCCUAUGGCAUGACCGGAACAGGCAAAACAUUCUCGAUGCAGGGCACGAUGUCAAGUCCGGGCGUCAUCCCUCUUGCGAUUACUGAUAUUUUCUCUUAUAUCAGAGAAACACCACAUCGAGAGUUCUUGCUGAGGGUUAGUUACCUCGAAAUAUACAACGAAAAGAUUCAUGACCUGCUAGCAACUCCGAUGGGCGGCGGCAUUGGCGGUCCUCAGCAAGAGGAGAUCAAGUUGCGCGAAGACAGCAAACGAGGCGUUUAUGCUACACCACUGAAGGAAGAGAUUGUGCAGAGUCCGACUCAGUUGCUUCGAGUAAUCCACCGAGGAGAUACUGCACGCCGCACCGGAAGCACCCAGUACAACGCACGCAGUUCUCGAAGUCAUGCUGUGGUACAAAUUGUUGUGGAGAGCCGGGAACGCAUCCCUGGAUCUGGAGCAAUGCACGAGAAUGGCAAGCGAGUAGCCAUGCUUCCUGGUGGCGUUCGUGUCUCGACUCUCAGCCUCAUUGACCUGGCAGGGUCUGAAAGAGCUGCCGAGGACAAAGAGAGGCGAACUGAGGGUGCACACAUCAACAAGUCUUUGCUCACACUGGGUACAGUCAUUGCUAAGCUUUCUGGAAACAAGGACAAAAAUGGAAAUCCAAUGGACAAAGAUGGCAAGCACUUGCCAUAUCGAGACAGCAAAUUGACGCGUCUCCUCCAGCCAGCACUUUCUGGCAAUUCCUUGGUCUCAAUAUUGUGUACAAUCCAGAUCGGAGCAGGCACGACCGCGGCAAGCAGCAACCACACUGGCGAAACUCUCAACACUCUCAAGUUUGCAGCUCGAGCCAAGAACAACAUUGUCAGCCAUGCGAAGAAGGCUGCGGAGGAGGUGGGUACGGGUGUCAACGCUGGUCUCCUUGAACGGUACCGAUCUGAGAUCCAGAGCCUGCGGUCGCAACUAGAGGGACAGCAGAGAUCGGCAGCCGAGAAAGAAGAAAAGCAAAUCGAGAAGGAAGCCGAACAACGACAUGAAGAACAGAUGUUGGAAAUGCAGCUAGCAAGGACUGCUCUCAAAGAGCGAAUUGAGCACUUGAAUCGAUUGAUUCUGUGCUCGAAGUCAACCGGCGUUAACAGUGGAACAGUGUCUUCAUUGGGAAUGCAUUCGCGACUCUCGGCAGGUACAGACAUCGCGGUGUCCCGGUCGGUUCGGUCGUCUGCUAGUCAGUCUACCCUGGGUGUUACACCUGGUCUCAAGCGAUACCCUUCCGCAGCGUCUUUGGCACAACCGCAAUCGGCGUCGACGCAUCUGUCGUUCCCCGCAAUACCUGACGAGGAUGAAGAAGCAGGCGGAGAUUAUUUCGGUGAUGGGCGGGCAACACUGCAAGCGCAAGUCCGGGCCCUACAGGCAGAUCUGCAGGACAAGACCAGGUACAUUUCGACGCUGGAAAAGAGAUUGCUGCAAGCUCGGAGAUCCAGUCAUUCUCGAGUAUCCAUGGCGUUCAACAAAACCCCUGGUGAUGACGGAGAGAUGAUGAAGAAGCUUGACGAGAAGGAUGCUAUGAUAGCAGAUCUGCAGAAGACCGUUGCGGCCCUUCGCUCGGCCGUGCGCAAACGUGAUAUUGCGGAGCUGUCACCAGAAAUGUCCUCCAACGAGUUCAAACAGAAUCGAAGUCAAGAUGGUCAUCAGAGCAACGAUAGCAAUACUAGCUCUCAGUUGAGCAGUCUUGUGGUAUCACAGGUGUCUUCCGGACCACGGUCCCCGCUUAGCGCAAGCCCCAUGACGCUUUUGUCACCACAAAAGGCGCCCGAGAAGAAGCGCAAGACGGUGGACGAGAUGUCCAAGAUGCUUGAUGAGAUGAUUCAGGACAAGGUGGAAAGUGGGCAGUACACGAAGCGGUCAACAUCGUUUCGUAUCUCUCACCGCGGUCCGCCUCCAGGGCUCUCACGAAGGACAUCAAGUGCGGGUAAUGUUACAGGUCCGGCCAUAGGCACUCUGGUGGCCUCGCUGAGAGAGCGGGAUUCGAUGUUUGAACCAGGCAACCCCAACUGAUUGCCUCGAUCUACAGGCACUUUUCCUUUUUGUUUGUAUUUGUAUUUGUUACGAUUGACGACCACAGCAAGUAUUUUGUUUUGUUGAGAUUCUUUGGGCCAGGACAAGAGGCGGUCAGGGAAAAAAGAUGGGUGGCAUGAAGACGACUCAGUGGCUCUUCGUCUUCAAGAGAUGGCUUUUUGCUACAGAUGGAUUCAUUUCUUGCGGCUUUGACAGCAAUUCUUGUAUUUCUUCUUUUCGCUCAGCGACCAUCGAAGCUGGAAUCAAGGUCAGCUUGAGGACGGCAUGACACCAUCAUAUACCCUGAUAGAAAGUGUUUAGUGAAUUAGCCUAGAAGGCAUUUGGGCGACGAGGCUGGCGACAGUCUUGUUGAGGCCCCUUUUUCAUGUG